AUGUACGACUUAGUGGAACCGACAACCCGCACGAUACGAUCGUCCAUCUUGCUGGUGCUGACGUUGCUAGUGGUGGAGCUGUACACCGGUCCAGUAACGGUCAUGUACGAACGGGUCGAACAGCUUAAAGGGUACGACAUAGUCGACUUUAGGAAUAUUCGUACGCGAAAGUACAACCGAACAGUGGCAGUGCUUAACGGGACAUUUGACUCAUUUAAAGAGCUAGGAGACGAUUACUCCUUCAAAGUUCAGAUGGCGUACAGCAGGUUGGGUAAUAAUCAGUUCAUAAAUUCGCCCGUUCGGUUGCCGUUGCAAAAGAUGUGCAAAUUCCUAAACACCACCUAUCGAGACUAUCGCGAGUAUUACAGAUACACAACGAACUUUCCCGACGUGGGCGCUUGCCCGGUAGAGGCGAAACAGUACUACAUCAAAGAUCAAGUGCUGGAUGCAGACAUAUUCGACGAUUUUUUAAAGUCGGGACUGUGGAAGCUCUCAUUGCAUUUGUAUGAGAGCAUCGAUCUAAAAAUACCUGUCACCACAGUAGACUUACUGUUUCAAGUGUCACGCGAAGGGUUGUUUUAA